AUGUCUGUUCCUAACUUCGGAGACAUCGCCAAGUCGGCCAACGACCUCCUCAACAAGGACUUCUACCACCUUUCUGCCACCACCUUCGAGCUCAAGAGCAACACCCCCAACAACGUUGCUUUCAAGGUCACCGGCAAGACCUCCCACGAGAAGAGCACCGCUGGUGCUAUCGAGGGCAAAUACUCCGACAAGGCUACCGGUACAGCAACCACCACCCAUCGCCUGACCCUCACCCAGACAUGGAACACCGCUGCUGCCCUUGACACCAAGGUCGAGCUCGCCGACAGCCUCGCCAAGGGCCUGAAGGCUGAGGGUGUCUUCUCCUUCCUGCCCUCCGCCGGUGAGAAGGCCGCCGCCAAGAAGGGCGCCAAGUUCAACCUCACCUUCAAGCAGAGCAACUUCCACAGCCGCGCUUUCUUCGACCUCCUCAAGGGUCCCACCGCCAACAUCGACGCCGUCGUCGGUCACGAGGGCUUCCUCGCUGGUGCCUCUGCCGGCUACGAUGUGAACAAGGCCUCCGUCACCGGCUACGCCGCCGCUGUCGGCUUCCAGGCCCCCACCUACUCUGCUGCUAUCACUGCCAGCGACAACCUCAGCGUCUUCGCUGCCUCAUACUACCACAAGGUCAACUCCCAGGUUGAGGCCGGUGCCAAGGCUACCUGGAACUCCAAGGCCGGCAACAACGUCGGUCUUGAGGUCGCCAGCAAGUACCGCAUCGACCCCGUCUCCUUCGCCAAGUUCAAGGUCAACAACAACGGUGUCGCCGCUCUCGGCUACAACGUCCUCCUCCGCGAGGGUGUUACCCUUGGCCUCGGUGCCUCCUUUGAUACCCAGAAGCUUGACCAGGCUACCCACAAGCUUGGUGCCAGCUUCACCUUCGAGGGCUAA